AUGGAAGAAUAAUAACAAUAAAAUUAUAGCGAUUUAGUAAAUCAAGAAAUAAAAUAAAAUAAACCUAUAAAAUGGGAAUUAGAUAACAUGCCUUAAACAAAAGUUGGUAAAAUGAAAAAGGAAGCAGUUUAUAUCUUUUGGUUUGAAUUCAUAGGAACAUUAAUGUUAACAUUCUGUAUUUAUGCCAGCAAGUAUUGAUUUUCUAAUAAAAGUUAAGUAACAAUCUUUUUGUUUUUGCUUGUGCCUAUGGAAUGCUAAUAUUGGUAGCUUAAAAUUAGAAAUGCACAUUCAAUCCUGCAAUAACAACAGUGUUAUCUGGAAAUGAUAAAGGAUUAUGGGUAUCAGUGGCAAUUGGUAGUUAAUUUGGAGGAGCAUUUUUAGCAAGCUUAAUUGGAUUUCUAUGUUUUAAGAAUUAGUAAAAUAUUUAUAGACUACAAAAAAUAGUGUAAAUGAUGUCCCAUACAUAUAAUAAACAGAUAUUGAAGAGUAUUUUGCAGUGAUAAUUGGAGAAAUAUUGGGUUCACUUAUACUUUGUGCAGGUUUCUUAUUUUAAUAUGAUGACCUAAUGGAUUUCACAUCCGACAGAUUAGAACAUAGUAUAAUAAUUAGUGCUUUGUAUUGUGUAGGAAGAACACUUAGUUAUGUUGCUAAAAGUAGUCUAAAUCCAGCCAUUGCAUUCAGGUAAAUGAUACUAAUACAUAAUAGUUUAGUAUUUUUUGAGUGUUGUAAGGAUGGACAUUGGGCAAGAUUUUGGAAUUUAUGGAUUUACUCGAUUUUACCAUUCUUUGGUGCUUUUGCCUCUUUAGCACUCAUUAGAAUUAUUUACAGAGAUUGUUAUGAAAAAUAAAUAUAAGCCGGUGUAAGACAAUGA